CACACAUCUCUAGACUGUAAAUAUGAUUUAAACUGAAGUAAUGCUGUGUGCAACUGCACAUCCUUCAAGAACUCAAUUUCAGCAGGACAAGACUAAGAGAUGGAUUCUGAAGUCAACACAAAAAUAAAAGUGGCAGCACUCGGCCGGCGAUUCAGCCUAGGGAUGCUGUACGACUGCCGCCAGGAUUCCCUGGUCCCUGUUGGAUGUCUUCCUUUCUUUUUUACAGAUGUGAAACUGUGGGACUGUGAUGACCUGGAAAAAUAUACAAGAAAAAGACCAAAACCUAGCAGUGACUUUGAGAUGGUUGCAUCUGAAUCAUUUAAGGAUAAAUCUUCAGCACUAAAUGUUGAAGCAUCUCUGAAGGCGAGUUUCUUGGGUGGACUGGUAGAGGUUGGAGGAUCAGCCAAAUACCUGAACGAUGGCAAGACUUCCAAAAAUCAUGCUAGAGUAACUCUGAAGUACCAAGCUACCACAACGCUCAAAGAACUGUCCAUGAAUCAUCUUGGGGAUGUUAAGAAACAUCAGUUUGUGUUUGAUCAAGGAAUAGCAACACAUGUAGUCACAGGUAUCCUUUAUGGCGCUCAAGCCUUCUUUGUCUUUGACCGUGAGGUGUCUGUCAACGAGAACCAUCGAGACAUUCAGGGCAACUUGAAGGUGAUGAUCAAGAACAUUCCCUGCCUGUCAAUAGAGGGUGAAGGCUCGCUGAAAAUCGAAGACAAGGACAAAGCAAAUGAUGAGAAACUGUCCUGCAGAUUCUAUGGAGACUUUUUCGUUCCGAAACCUCCUACAACCUUUCAGGAGGCAGUAGAGGUGUACCAAAGUCUGCCAAAGCUGCUGGGAGCCAACGGGGAAUACGCAGUACCAGUGAAGGUCUGGCUGUUGCCUCUGACAUGUUUAGAUUCUACUGCCGCUAAACUUGUCCGUCAGAUAAGUAUAGGAUUAGUUGAAGAAUGUCAGAGUGUCCUGGAGGACUUCAGUGACCUGGAAAUGAGGUUCAACGAUGCACUGAGAACCAAAACUGCACAGCAGUUCCCACAGAUUGGAGAAAAACUCAAAACCUUCAAACAGAAGUGCUCUCAGUUCAAACUGGAAUUCCAACAAACCCUGGCAAAUAAACUUCCAUCAAUCCGAGGAGGAGGAGAAGAAGAAGCUGUGCUCGCAGAGGAACUGAGGAAGACAUGUUCUUCUCCUUUCAACAGCAAGGACCUGAACGAGUGGAUGGACUGUAAGGAGAGAGAAAUCAACAAGAUUGUUAUCUUAGAAAAUGAUCUUCAGAAAGCAAAGCAGGCUUUGCUUUCUGACUUCACCUCGCAGGGAAAUUAUGAACCGUACCUCUCAGCUUUUCCCAGAUUUGGAGGUGAGGACAUCACCUCUGUUGAGUCCUGUGUCAGAGGAGAGAACGGCUGGAAACAAGAGACAGCAUCCAGAGCUGAAGAAGUCCCAGUGAGCGGCCUGAGUCCUAUCACAGAGUUCAGGUCCAGAUGCAGGGCAGAGACACCAGUAGGUGCCGGGCCAGCCAAUGAAGUCGUCUCACCUGCACGUCUUGCAGAAUCCCUCAAAAGUAAAAGCAAGAGGAUCAACUCUGAAUCUCCCUCAGUUUACAAACUGCCUCUGACAGAAGAAGAUCUGAACAUCGAAGGAUGCCGGAGGUACAACUUUGGCAAAGAAAGUAUGAUGUCAAAUCUCGCAAUAAUGCUUGUUGGAGCAACUGGAUCUGGAAAGUCCACUCUGAUCAAUGGACUCAUCAACUACAUCGUUGGUGUAGAGUGGGAGGACGAUUUCAGAUUCAAGUUAGUUGUCGAGGAUCAGUCGAGAUCUCAAGCUGAGAGCCAGACCUCUGAAGUCACUGUGUACAACAUCAACCACCAAGAGGGCUUUAAAACCCCUUUCUCUCUGACCAUCAUUGAUACUCCAGGCUUUGGAGGUACGAGAGGAAUAAAAAGAGACAAGGAGAUCACAGAACAAAUCAGGAGGCUUUUUACUUCUGUGAAUGGAGUCAGUGAGAUUGAUGCGGUGUGUGUUGUCACCCAGGCCUCUCUUGCCCGACUAACAGCCACACAACGAUAUGUGUUUGAGUCUGUGCUCUCCAUCUUUGGCAAAGACGUGGCAGAGAAUAUCCAGAUGCUGGUCACCUUUGCAGAUGGCAAGCAGCCACCUGUUCUUGAGACAAUAAAGAAGUCUGGGAUUCCAUGUCCAAAAGAUUACCUAGGUCUUCCAGUUCACUUCACAUUCAACAACUCAGCGUUGUUUGCAGACAACAGAAGCAGCAGUGAUCGGGCCUGUGAGGAGAAUUCUGAUGAGGAAGAUGAGGAUGAUGAUGACUUUGACGAAAUGUUUUGGAAGAUGGGCAUCAAAAGUAUGGAGAAGUUCUUCAAUGCUUUGGCUAAAAUGACAACCAAAAGCUUUCUCAUCAGGGACUAUGUAAAAGUAUAAAAAGAUAAGCAUACACUGGAAGAGCUUAAAGGUCCCAUGUCCUGCUUUUCCGGUUCUUACCCGUCCCCUUGUGUGUUAUGUAGCUUUUUCUGCAUGUAAACGGUCUGCAGUCACAAACCCUGUAGCGAGAAAAACUCUAACACAGAAUAUACCUGUCUAUGCUGCCCCAGAACGCCUCGUUGGACAUUUUUUUUUGACUUUUUUUUCUUCCGGGAACCAAGUGACGUAACGACGACCCCAUGGUCCGUGGAGCUCCUCACACACCAGGAUCCCUUGGCGUCACUAUCAAACGCAGUGGGGGACCUUUAGCGUACAUUUUCAACUAUCAGGGAGUCCCAUUGACUUCCAUAGAGCUCCCUGAACAUUGGUAAUAGACGAGUUGUGAUGGCGGAUACAUUCUCUCUGCAGACCCAUUCUCACAGCGUUAUAAACCUUUUUCUUUCUCAAUAUCAAGCCACACUUAUUGUUUUUACUUCGGCUGUGAGUGUGCUCAGGAUGAGUUCAGGAUGAGUUUCGCGCCGUCUCGCUGUCUUGCUGUCUCGCAGACCCCACGCAGCAACCAGGAAAACGACACCAGUAACCCAGCUCACACUGUCCGCUCCUCGAGCCUCAAAGGGCGGAGCAGCGAGCCCCCCAACCUCCCCCCAACACGGCCCCAGACCCCACGCAAUCAGAGCACAGUGGGCUCAUAGGGAGGGGGGGGGGGGGGGCAGGAGCUCCAACAAGCCGUGUAGGACAGAGAGUGAAUACACAGACUAUACAGAGAUGCUGUUUGAGAAACCAUUGUGAGUUUAGAACAAUGUGAAUCUAUUCUAGUCGACCUCAACAAUGGAAUUAUGAUCAGUAGUGUAAGAGAAUAUUUUAAUCUGAUCUUCACAAGUAGAAAUGACCAUGGGACCUUUAAAGUCAAGAACAAUAAAGCUGCGAAAGAAAAAAUGAGUGUUCAGGAGUUGAUUGAGAGUCGAGAGGAGGAGAUCGAUCACCUCCAAGAGAUGAUAGUGUCCCUCAUGGAUCAGUCAUCUCACUCUUUAACUCGUCUGCAAGAGAUCGCCCUGAGCCCUAACCCUCUGACCACUCCAGAUUACAUUGACAUGCUGAUUGAAGGAGAAAAGGCUGAGGCCAAAGUGACAAUAACAAUGUAUAUGUCCAGUUGAGCAGUAUGACAAUUAGUACAUUACAUUUAGCGUGCACAUAUUUUAUUGUUACGAUGCUAACAUGCCAACAUUUAGCUAAUUGUCAUGCAAAAGAUAGCAUUACAUGUUAUCAUACAAAAAUGAUAUCUUACACUUCCAGAACAUUUGACCAGCUGUAAAUAAUUUCAUUUAGAAUUGGCACCAAAUGUAUUCAUUCAACUUUUUUUAAUUGGCCAAAAACAUCACUGACCACUGUUUUUUAUUUGACAUAAAAUGUCAGUGAUUGACCUCUGUCCACUAGAGCAUUGGUGCGAAUAAUUAUUGCAGCACACAUGAAUCUUCGUGUAGUAAUACUUUAUUACAUACUUAAGAUUGACGUUUAUACAAAUGCUUUUUGUGUUUAUUUUGUCUUGAAAAACAUGCGAUAACAAAAUAACAGUUUAUUAAUUAUUAAAUUAGUAUACUUAUUCUUUAUAGGAUCCCAUAGCACUAGCAUGAGCAUUCUUCCCGGGGUCCAAACACACAGUCAAACAAGCAGCUCAUCAUUUUAUGCCAUUUCCAAUUGAACAUGAAGUGAAAACGAAAAAAACAUCAUCCUAUUUCAACCAUCAUUAAGCCAAACAUAGUUGUACAUACCCAAACAAAGUUUAAUUAUACUUUAUGAUAGGGAGAUUUUUUUUAGCAAACUUUUGAAAUGUACUUAGUAAUUUUCCUGAAUGCGAUGGAAUGGCAAUGAAUACCAGCUCUUAUAUAUGAAUGUUUUAUGUUUGAUUAAGUUUUUAAUAACAUGUACCUUCCUUCUGUUGCAUGUCGUGUUUGAUAGUUAUGUUGAGCAAAAUCCAUGAUGCGUUCUGUAUUCAUCUUUUUUUGAUUCCCUUUUCUUCUGUUUUAAUUACUGUUUUAAUUACAAAAAAGGACAAGUUGAUAAUUGAAAAAUGCUAAUAAAAUACCAAUAUGUUUUGGUGUUACUGGAAACCGUACUUAAUUAUUUUAAUAUGAUGUAAUUGAGUUGUGACAAUAAAGUGAUUUUGUUGGA